UUCAAAGUGAAAAGGGAGAGCAUUUGACUGUCUCGGAAUGUAGUGAGGCUGGUGGAUGCGCAUUUUCUCUCCCUUUCGUUUUCCACCGCACAGGAGUUUGCGCAAUCGCAGGGAGAGCCGUGGAAAGUCUGUGCGUCUCGUUUUCUCGGCUCGCUUUCAUGCAACGGAGGGGGGGCGGCGUGUGUGAGGAGGCGAGAGGGAAAUCCAUGACUUCCGUGUUUUUCCUCCGUGUAUGAAACUGUGUAUAGUACAUACUAUAAAAAGCCACCAUGGUGCUCACAGACGCGACAUUCACAUUAAGACGCGGACUGGGCUGUGUGAUAUCGAGAGGACUGUCUUUGUGGAGGUAAACCCCGAUCACCUGGAGCUUUACAACUGCUGAAGCCUUGUGUUCACUGAGUCUAAACACUUGAGGGUUUAAACAGUCUCCCUGAAGCUCAGGCACCCUGCCGAUUGAUGGGACAACAAAUUAAAGAAAUGGACACUGAGUCUCUCCAGACGAGCGGCCGCCGCCGUGGAAGCUGCCUGGACGUUUUUCUCGUCGGGUCAAUCAUCUUACUGUUCGUGACAGUGGUAGCUGUGGCUGCUGGCGGAGUGAUGGUUGUGAUGGAGCUGCGGUCCGAGCUCCAGUCCAAAUGCGCUCGUCCGCCUGUUGAGUUUGAAACCUCGAAGCUGUCAGGAAUCACCCCUGACCCAGCAUACAAGAUGCAGAACUUUGCCUAUUUGGAAGCCGGAUCAAGCAAGUUGGAGAACUCCACCAUGCACUGGGCUGCAGUCAACUACGGUACUGGGAGGUCGGUAGGAAGCAACUUCUUGUUUAAUGAAAAGCAGCAUUGGCUGAAGGCCGAAAAGGAUGGGACCUACUUCAUAUACAUAGAGCUCAACCUCUCCUGCACCUACGACUGCAACGCAGGCAUCCUCCGCGUGAAAGUGGGUGAUAAGCUCACCUGCGAGGUGGAGCUUCCGGCUGUGGCAGAUUCAACACCUGUAAGCAAGAAGUGCUGGACAGUGAGCCAGCUCAAUGGACAGAAACUGCUCACUGAGAUGAUUGUACCAACGGGACUGCAGAACUGGAAACUGGAGCUGAGUGGCUCAAAAUUUGGGAUGUUCCUUGUGGACUAAUGUGGACACUGUACAUCUGUCAUCAUGAUGCAGAUCCACCCCAUGACCUUUGGACCGUAACUAAAGAACAACACUUGUUUUUGUUUUUCUUAAAGUCCAAGUAGGUGAAAAUGGGGAGACGCCGGUUCCAUUUUCAAAACUAUGACCAGAUUUCUUGCAAACUAAGAAAAUCAAGCUUAUCAUGAUUUAAGGUGGAAUCUAAAGAGAAGUUGCAUUUGUGAAGAUGCAAACAGCGUAUGAAAAAGAAAUAGACACUCACCUCAUUCUGUAUACAUGUAAAUAUGUUACUUUGUACAAGAUGUAUUUAUUUGGAACUAUUUAUAUACCUGUAUUUAUAUAUGUAUAUUUUUAUACACCUUUUAUUUUGAUGUAGAUAUCACUACAUUCAUGUUCAUGUGCAAUAUAUUGCAAGUUUAAUUAGCCUAUAUUGAGUAAAAUGUGACUUUAUAGCUCAGUAUUCAUUUCAUAAAUGGCUGAGGGCAUAUAGUUUGGACUUACAAAAAUGUGUGAUUAUUAUUCUACUCCAAAACCCCAACAAGCUCCUCUGAGACCUCAUUAAGAUCUAGUGUAGUUAAAGUGAAGUGAUUUAACUGCUUCAGUGAUAAGUAACACUCUGCACUUAAAUCAUUUUUACCGAAACAAGGUCCCAUCAGAAUCAAAACAUAACCAGAAUGACUAAAAUGUCUUGGUUAUGUGGACUCAUGAAUGGAGAAAAAGUUUUGUUUUAGAAAGAUAUGUACUGUAAGUCCUGUGGACAAACUACACAUUGGUAAAUGUAUUUUAAUGUAAUCCAUAUUAAAUUUGGAUAUGGUGAACAC